UUAGGGAAAUGCACAUAUUACAAUACUUCAAAAAUUAAACAAUACAAGAGACAAUAGAAAUUCUACAACAAUACUACCUUUUUUGUAUCCGUUAAUGCCCACAUACUAAAUCGUUUAAUAUGGAAAGAGAAUCGGAACAGAUAAAUAUUUAUUGCUCGGACGGAUACAAAAUUCGAUUGAAUAGAUUCUUUCUAAUUCAGAAUUGUCCCGGGUUCAAUUCGGAACUGAUUAUGGAUCCCACACUAGGGCAGAGUUGCCUCCGCGUGAACGUUACGUCUGGUAUCAUGAAUCGAGUGAUCGAGUUUAUAACAGACGGAGAAAUUGAAUUCCUGUCUAUCAAAGAUGCCACGGACAUUUACGAAAUAAGUGAAAAAAUCGGUAUCGUAAAUUUGGUGGAUCGCUGCCGGGAUUUCCUGAUCGAAGAAAUGAAAGUAGGCAACGUUUGCUUCAUUCACGAUUUCGCCUGCAAACACGAAGAUCUCUUCGUGCAAUUUCAUUGUUGGAAGCUGUUUACCUCGUCUACCGACGAAGUAUUGGAGAGUGAAGACUUCUUAAACUGCGAAGAAUCGACCGUAUCGAGGUUCCUCUCCCGUCCAAUUUACAGUAAUACGAACGAAGUUUCCCUCUUCUUGAAUAUAUAUAAUUGGACGACCAGACGAAUUUCUCGGAGCAAUUUACAGGAAGCGUCCACUUCGAUCGAAAACAGAGAGCUGUAUCGAAGGACCAUGCAGCCCUUCUUCCAUUUAAUUCGAUUUGCGACUAUGUCGCGCUUUCAAUUAGAGAAUGAAGUAUUCAACAAAAACCUAUUGAGCGACGAAGAAGUAGAAGGGUUGAGAAUGUUUGACGAUAGUGAACGGCAGUGGAGUUGUGGCAACGCUGUUUGUCAAAAUACUCGAGAUAGAAGAUACCAAUCUCAAUUUUCUCUAUUUACGUAUAACUAUCGGAGAAAUUUAGAAUUUACUGAAGACAGACCGUUGCCAAAAUUUAGCACGUUCUUCUGCCAAGUUUGGGUAGAAGAAGACUGUUUUGUUACUUGUCUGAGUCUUCCGAUAUAUUUCAAGUACAUGCCACGAGAAAACGUUAUUCUCACCCGAUUUCUUGCAUCGAGUGAGGAAAGGACUAAUCUUCCUAUCGACUAUUUCGCUAAAGUAAUCUUAUCCAAACCGCUGUUCCUGAAGGCGAAGUCUAAUUCUUUAUUCAAAGUCGAUGUUCAGAACGAAGAGUUAAGGAUGAGAGAUGAAAUUUUUCUGAAAAAAGAAGCGCAUUGUUACGUUUCGGACGAUGAAUUUGAUAGAAUGACAAGAGUGCCUCAAAACUUCCCUAAAUGGCAGAAGUUUUGGGGGAAAUUUUACUUUGACAUAGAUCUGUUUUUUUAAUGUUACGACUCUCUGAAUUAAAAAUUGGAUUUUAAACAAAAUUCGAUUUUUUUGCAUUAUGGUCUACGUUGAUAAAGUGUAUUUGGUCCUUAGGCGAAAAAUUGUACGAAAUAAAAUAAAAUGAAAUUUAUUUCAUGUUUGAUCUGGUUCGAAGGCAUUUACAAAUUUUUAUGAAACGUGUUUCUUCUACCUCCAAAAUGAAGUAUUUACUGUCAUUUUAUAAUAAUUAAAAUAUAAAGUGUUUGUAAUAAAAUCUCGUAACGAAUGGGGUGAAACAAUUUUAUUUAUUUAUUAUGAUUAAUAAUAUAAAAGUUAUUUUUUAAAAUAAAAUGUCGUGACAGCGGGAAAGUUGCAUAACCCGUUGCUAGACUUUUUAACAAUAACACAAUUAAAAAAUUAAAAAACAAAUUGAAAAAAAAAGAUAGGUGUACCAUAGUUAUCGUAUGUGGUGUGUUUGACGAACUUAAAUUACAUGCAUAAUAAAUUUUAUACAAUAUUUAUCGAUGUAUAUGCAAUCUUUCCCCAAAAACUUGUUUGGAGAUCAGUGGGUCUUGCACACCAGAAGAGAAAAUUGUAUGUGUGAUCGGGUAAAAUUUGGGUGCUAUGAAACUCAAGAUUAUUAUAAAGUCAUUUAUGAAGUAAUGUUCCUUGUUGGUACCGAAGAUGUUUUAUUGUUUGAAGAAAAGAAAUACAAAAGAGUUUCAAAAGAUGAUUGAUUAAUCGAGAUAUGAAGUUAAGGAUUUAAACGUUUAAUCGUUUAAAAAUAGUCGUCUCAACAAUGUAAUAUUUUCUUAAAAGAUGAUUCCGAAGAAAGGCUUUGUCUUAAAUGCGACAAGUACUGUACGUUAAGCUACUUUUUUCUUAAAAGACUAAACGCCGAUCGACGUCAUUCGUGACGUCAUUACAACAAUGCAAUAUUUAAACAAUUGUUAACAGAUCAGCAAUGAAAUUAAAUCAUUGUUGAACUCGUCCUCGUCGAAUCGUUCUUCAAAAUCUUCCAUUAAUUAAAAUUAUUAAAUUUUAUGUCUUUUUGAAAAGUUUAGAAGAAAAAAAAUAAUAAAGAAAGAAACAAAACGAAAACCCACAACAGAAAUGAAAAA